AUGUUCGCGCAAAUCCUCGCUCCAACCAACCUGACACGAGCCAGCCUCAAACCUUCCAGCCCUCUGCCACAGGGUGUAGAUCAUCAAGCAACUACAAUCAAAGUACCGCGCCGGCCCUCGCCCUCUGACAGUGUGAGUACCGAGACGAUCAGUGCGUGGGUGGUGAUGUCAAGCGCCCCGGAGACGGAGACGUCCGCACUCCGCGCUGCGCUCCGCGGGGCGAACGUGGACAGGGACCUUUUGGAUCUCGGGUCCGGAUCGUGUGGAUUGGGCUCUGGAAGGCUGGACUCUGGGAAUGGUUUGGGAAAUUGA